AAUACUUAGAAAAAUAUUCAUUUUCUUCUCUCCUCUUCUCACGUGAAUAAACCGCACGCUUCUUCUCAAAACAAAUUGGACGCCUCUUCUUCUUCUCACUAGUCGAGUCGUCACUCUCUCUCAGAAAUGCCGUUGAGCUCUCACUCACUCUAAGCCAAGGAAGGAAGCAAAUAACAAAUAGCAGCUUUUUUGUUCCGAAGAGAAGAUAUUUCCUUUCAUAGCAAUCAAAAUUAGGCUUUUGUGAAGCGCACAUCUAAACCCAGCCACUAUGCUAAACCUCAAUUCACGACGACUAGCUAGAGCAGCAAUUUCCAUCGCUAAACACUUCUCUACAAGGAAUUAUUAUACAUCCAUGUGUAGAGCUGGAUAUUCUCGAACCACCCCUAAUCAUUAUGAUUGCCUUCAACCUUCGUUUCAGCAGAGUUCAUUGUUUAAUUUAUACAAAGGAGCCAUGUUUAAAAAGCAUAAUUUCCUAUCUACAACGACUUCUAACAACACUGCUGAGGAUGGGAGCGAAGAAAUUGAAACGAUAUCUGUCACUUUUGUUGAUAAGGAUGGUGAGGAAAAGCUUAUAAAAGUCCCUAUUGGAAUGUCUAUGCUAGAAGCUGCUCAUGAAAAUGACAUUGAACUUGAAGGAGCAUGUGAGGGCUCACUUGCGUGUUCAACUUGCCAUGUUAUAGUUAUGGAUGUAGAAUAUUACAAUAAAUUAGAAGAUCCUACUGACGAGGAAAAUGACAUGUUGGAUCUUGCUUUUGGGCUUUGUGAAACAUCACGUCUCGGUUGCCAAGUAAUUGCUACACGCGAACUUGAUGGAGUUCGUUUAGCUCUUCCUGCUGCCACUCGCAAUUUUGCUGUUGAUGGUUACGUGCCGAAACCACACUAGUUUUUCCUGGAAGUUUUUUGUGUGUAAUGCAAAGAAUGCGGCUAUCUCAGUUUUGUAGCUUCACGCCGAGUUAGAUAAAUGAGCUUUUAUUGAUCUUAGGCAUUUUUUGGUACUGAGUAAUCAUGGUGGAAUUUCGACGAUACAAUUGCUUACCAAUAAACUACUUGUACUGUAUUAUUUUGUUAUUGUACCAGUGGGUGAAACACUUUCUGACUCUAAAUAAAUGAAAGAUGAAAAGAAAGCAGGCUAGAGUAUUUGGACGUUCUUGUAUUCAAGAAUAUUGAUUCAAAACAACCGAUAGUUUUAAUUUAUUAUA